AUGGAAAGCCAAAUAAAUAAAGCUACUGUGGUCGCAGCGGUCUUCGCCUUGUCUGGCCCCAUAAUAUUGGGUUUAGGUCUUAUUGGCUUAUCCUUUCUGAGCAAGUUUGGAAAAAAACUAUUACAAGGACCGAAUUUUAAAGUUAAAAAUACCGCCUCAUUUGCAAAGUUAAAACAUUUUUAUAAAGGAGGUUUUGAGGAAAAAAUGUCGAAAAGGGAAGCUGCCCUUAUUUUAGGAAUUAGUCCUGCUACACCUAUCAAACGCGUUAGGGAAGCUCAUCGUAGAAUCAUGUUAGCUAAUCAUCCCGACCGAGGUGGGUCUCCUUUUUUAGCCUCAAAAAUUAACGAAGCCAAAGAUAUAUUAGAAGGAAAAAGGAAAAUAAAAUAA